AUGUUCACCUCCGGCAUCUCCACCCUCGUCCUUCUGGCCGUUUCAUCGGUGAACGGCUCUCCCAUGCCCUUCGACAAGCGCGACCCGCAGCUCUCGUUCAACUUCACGAACCGCCUCCCAGUGGACGGGCGCUUACCCUUCGGCAUCAACCUCGGCCAGGGCGCAGACGGGAACAGCAUUGCGAUGUUCGGCAACGCCACGACCGGCGACCGCGGCUUCCCGUUUAACUUCUUGCCGUUCAAGCGCGAUGAGCUCGCCGCGUUCGAGGAGAUGCAGAAGCGCGACCCGCAGUUUUCGUUCAACUUCACCAACCGCCUCCCCAUCACCGGCAACCUCCCAUUCGGUCUGCACUUCAGCCAGGGCGCGGACGGGAACAGCAUCGUGUCGUUCGGCAAUGCGACGACCGGAGACCGCGGGUUCCCGUUCAACUUCUUGCCGUUCAAGCGCGAUGAGGAGUUGGUCGCUCGUGAGCCCCAGUUCUCGUUCAACUUCACCAACCGCCUCCCGGUGAACGGACGCCUGCCCUUCGGUAUCAACAUCGGCCAGAAUGCGAAUGGCAACAGCAUCGCAAUGUUCGGCAACGCCACCACCGGUGACCGCGGCUUCCCGUUCAACUUUCUCCCUUUCAAGCGUGAGGAGGAGCACGAGCUCGUCGCCCGCGAGCCGCAAUUCUCGUUCAACUUUACCAACCGGCUCCCUGUGAACGGACGCUUGCCCUUCGGCGUCAACAUCGGUCAGGGCGCGGACGGUAACAGCAUCGCGAUGUUCGGCAAUGCGACGACUGGUGACCGUGGCUUCCCGUUCAACUUCUUGCCUUUCAAGCGCGAUGAGGAGAUCGAGGCGUAA